AUGUGUUUAAGUUUGCUGUAUGGAAAAGCCACGGGUCAAACAGCAUGCCAUUAUGGAAUAUCCGUGCUUGCGAGAGCAGUCAACUACGUCAACAGAUGGCUACGGGUUGCUACUUCAGAUGACCUCUCCAAGGCUUUGGAGGAGUCCAAAAAGAAGUACGCGGCUGCUGGUCUAAGGGCCCUACGACGGUUGAAUGUUUUAAACAGUCCCAGCCUGUCACUACUCCAGACCUUGAUCUCAGGGGCGCAGCUACUUCAGCUUCUUGGUGACGCCUCUCAGGCCUGGACUCUCACAUCAUAUGCAUCCAGAGUGAUGGUCGCUUUGGGUUACCACAACUUAAGUCCCCAGGCAUUGAAGGAACACGAUGACUCCGCAGAAAUCCGACAUUGCACAUACUACUGCUACUACCUAGACAAGGCCUUGAGUAUGCUUCUGGUUCGGCCCUCAUCCUUACCUGACCUGAAUCUUGACCCAGUCUCCUUGAUUGAGCUAAAAUAUACCGAGCCUCUUAAAAUGAAAAUGGGAAUACUCGUGAAACUGUCUCAUGUACAGGAUGGGGUGCUCUCACUUCUGAUCAAGGGCGACAAGCUGACAGAAGUCGAAGCCUCGGCAUCUAUUCCUGUUUUGAAAUCGGAAUUGCAGGACAUAUGGAAAGAGUCUUGUGAGGCACGCUUUCAAACGAACGAUACACCUGAAUGGCGCCUAGAAUGGGAUGCACUUGAUUUUACUUAUCAUGCUAUUGCUACAACCGUGCUUCGACUGAAUUCCACCUCUCUUCAUGACCAUCAAAUCAGAGAACAGUGUUUACUACAUGCACGCAAGGCAUUGAGCGCCAUGAGUGCAUUGCUCAAUCAUAUUCUAGAUGGGCAACGUUUAUUCAUGGACUUCCUCUUUUGGACCAUCCUUCUCUAUCCAUUGACGCCCUUCUUUAUCAUAUUCUGUAAUGUCCUAGCAACAUCCAACGAGCAAGACUAUCAUACUCUGAAUCAAAUCAUGACUGCCUUGUCGCGAAUCAAGGACAAAAACUCCUUCAUAUUAGCUCUCUACGGCCUACUGUCUCAAUUCAUGGAUUUAUGUGGCCAGCUCGAGGCUCUUGUGGAGAGCAAUACCACGGAGACACAUGUGACGAAAUCUGUUUCACUUAGCCCAGAGAGACUUCGAUCAUCACAGCCGCAGUACGAGGAUUCAAUAUCAUAUGGGCCCCAGUCAAGAAACUUCUGGGAUAUGCAUGAUGUAAACGAUGGCACAGACGGAGGGCUAUCCAUGGCGGAUGAAGAGUAUCCGGGUGAAAUGGGACAAUUGCGACCUUCGAUGUGGGAUGACAAUUUGAUGUGGGAGCUAUUCAACACUCAACCCUCAAUUGAGUGGUUCGACAUGGCACAGAUUUCGAUAUAG